UAUUUUUAGCUUAUAAGAGACAUUAUAUCUCCAUUCCUAGUACCUAAUGUACGGUGCCUAAUCCUAAGGAUCCAUCCUCUUCCUCACGAUGGGGGCGGAGUGGUAAGCAGACUGCGCCUCGUACCAUUGGCAUUACAUAUUAAGCCCAAGAUCCCCUCCCAAUACCGUCUUACGGUUGGACACGAAGUAAUUUCUUCGACAUUCCCGCCCUUUAAAUUCGGUAAAAAAGGAAAGAAAAAAAAGAUAUAUACUACACGCCACCAUGCAGCUAUUCAUCAUCGUCGCGAUAUUUCUAGGUCUUGUCUACGGUGCCGUGGUCGACAUAGUCGGAGGCUGCAACGUGGCCACCAACGUAUGCUAUGCAAACGUAGACAAUUCGGAGCAAGCAUCUUGUUCGUCCAAAGCACCCUGCACUGAUAACGCGAAAGCUUGCACGAUACAGAUUGUUGCGCCUAUAGGCUUCCCAGAACGAGGAAAGGCAACAUGUUCAUAGCGGGAUGCUACGUAUGAACUUAUUUCUUGGUUACAAAAUGAAAAAGCGUUGAUUAAA